AUGCUACCUACAUUGAAUACGAUGGCGUUAAAGGUGCUAGUUCUAUGUUUGGCUAGCAUUGGAUUGUCCCAUGGAUUUCUUGGUACACAAAGACACAACCAGAUUGUAAAGCGAAUCGCAAAUUCAAAUCCACUUCAUGCAAAGGCUGCGAAGAAAAAAAAAAAAAAAACAAGCGAUGCUUCAUCUGGUGGCGGUUUUGGAAGGGCGCCAGAUAUGCAAAAAACGAAAGAAGUAAAUGCCUUUUCUGUUUUUCCAGCAUUAGAAGAAGAAGUUGCUGGAACACUCGUUCCCUCUGUCUCUGAGCUUAUUAAUGAACCAGGGGAGUUGCCAGGCGAAAUCUACGAUCGUUUGGAUCAGAUCUACGGCUUUCCAAAUUUCAAUUCUUUCACUCCAAAAGAAACAACAACAUCCUUUGCAGAUCUGAUUUCAGCGCCAACAGCGAAUGAUAAUUCAAAAAUAUCAAAUGGUGAUUUUGCGUCUCUCUUGGCCACUGCUACUGGCGAAACAAUUCCUACUUCUGCAGGUGAAGGGGGAGGUGAAGACUCGACAAUUGACUCGAUCUCAAAAAUUGAGCCCUUUGCGAAGAUGAGGGUGUUACACAUUGAUCCUCUUGUAAUCGCUGUUGAUAACUUCUUCACGGAUGACGAAUGCGAUCGUUAUAUCGCAAUUUCUACAGCACCAAGCAAAAACGAAAAGGACUCACCUUUCCAAACCAAUUCGAAAACGGUAGGAAAAGAUGCCCUGGCCAAGGCGCAAAGGACCAGCACAACUUGGUUUCACCAUUUUAAGAGUGUUCCUGAGCUUAUGGCCAAAGCGUCGAGAUUGCUUGGGUUGAAAGGAAUCAGUCAGUGGGAAGAGCCCCAGACUGUUCGAUAUCGUCGCCAAGAAAAGUUUACAUGGCACUUGGAUGCUCUUUCUCCUUCCGAACCUGCUUCUGAGAUCCCUGGAGGUCAACGAAUAGCAACUCUCCUCGUGUACCUUUCCGAGCUUAAUAAGGAAGAUGGCGGAGCAACAAUAUUCAGAGACCUCUCAGCCGAUGGCACUAUGCUGAAAGUUCAACCCCAAAAGGGCUCUGCUCUACUCUUCUUUCCUGCAGCAGGUGGAAUCCCAAAUGCGCCCUUUGAUAUUCGGACCCUUCAUUGCGGCGAGGCUGUGAGCCAGGCCGCAAUGCAGGAUAAAUGGAUUUCACAACUGUGGUUGCGAGAAGGGACCUACACGCCAACUGCACCUGCUGGAAACAACCAUGCUGAUGCUACAGAACCAAUAAUUCAAUACUGCACGGAUGGUCAAAUUUGA